CACGAGCUGAUCUAGGAAUGGCUUCCUUGGCAGCUCACAUGGGAAGGAGUGGAGGAUUGUGGGAUUUGUAGUUUGCAGUGAUUCCCUCCAUCACACAAUAGAAGCAGGCCAGCACAGACCCUGCCUGCUGGGCUGCUAGAAGUGAGCCAUCCAGCCUGCUCGGUGAUCCGCUCCUAGGUGACCGCAGUGCGGAGAGAGCCGCCUGAGCCUAGGACGAGAGGCGUGUACGUCUGCUGUCAUUCCUACAUUGUCCUGUAGGCGGCCUCAGGAGGGGUGAAGGGUGGCUCCGGUUACCAACAGGGAGUUGAAAGCGGAAGUCAAGAUUUGCCUACAAGAGCGCUCAAGUUUUUGGUCUUCUGGAAUGCUCAAGGAUUUUAUUGUUGAAGAGUCCCGAUGUACAUUCAGUAUUCGUGCUGUAGAGGUUAAAAGCAACGGGUGUGACUCCACUUCUGGAUGUCCGGAGCUCUCCUUUGCUCUCCUGGGAAUGGAGCACAAGACUCCGAAGAUGAUUGCAGAGCUGGCCAACAAAAUUGUCCGACUGACUAGGGAGGUGCCUUUAAAGUGUGAGGAUGUUGCCGUCUCCAUCUCUGAGGAUGAAGGGGAAUAUCUUGAAGGACACUGGGAGCAACCUAAGAAGACCCAAGAGCCUUGUACCUUUGAACAACCAACAGCUCCAAUGCAGCAAAGUACAGAACACAAUAACAAUUACCCUAUCAAUCUUUGCAUUAAGAAAGAGCCGAAGGAAGAAUUUUAUCAUUCCACUGAACAACCAACAGUGCAGGAAGGUACAGAAAACAACUACCCCAUCAAUCUCUGCAUUAAAGAGGAUCCAAGUGAAGAACCUCAUCUUUUCACUGAUGGGACAUCGGCUCUCCUAUCUACUGUAAAUGUUCACUUACCUUUUGAAGAAGCCCAAAGUGCAUCUGGAUUCAACUAUAUUUCCUCGUUUGGUAUGAAAUCUGAACCCGGUGGAGAGUCCUCUGGUGACACUGAGGACAGUGCGGAUGAAGAAUCUCCCCAGGUCCCUCGCUCUCCUGAUCGGAAACAUGUUUACAAUAUUAUCAAUCGCACCAAGGAGGAGGCAGAGGAAAGCCAAUAUUCAGCUAUGUCAGUAUAUGAGAACGCAGUCCGUCAAGACUGCACAGACCAAGACUACUUACCAUCGGAACCUAAUAAUAAAAGAGCCAGGACACAGAAGUCAAGAUCAAGAGAGCCGUCUUCUCCUUGCGAAGUGUGUGGGAAAGUAUUUGGCAAUAAGUGGACUCUUGUGAAACACAUGAAGAUACAUAGUGGAGAGCGUCCAUUUUCGUGCGAUGAGUGUGAUAAGACCUACAAAUGUAAAAGUCACUUGAACAGCCACAUGAGAACGCAUACUGGUGAGCGACCCUAUAAAUGUAACCAGUGUACCCGGAGGUUCUUCAAUCACCAGCACCUCGUCCUCCAUCAGGUGGUCCACACUGGUGAAAAGCCAUACUCCUGUCCUGUGUGUGGGAAAGGCUUCACUCGGCAAUCCAGCGUGGUCAAGCACUCCGGGAUGCACGCAGAACAGAAGCGGCACGUGUGCAGCGAGUGCGGAAAGAGUUACUGUCAGUACGCCAGUCUGAUUGUCCACCUGCGGCAGCACUCCGGGGAGAAACCAUUUGUCUGCAAUUACUGUGACGAAGCUUUUCCAUUAAAAGAAGCCUUGGUGAGGCAUCAAAAGAUUCACACUGGGUAAAAGCCCUUCCAAUGUCCUCAGUGCAUUAAUAGGAGAAGCCCCGACAUUUCUGGGUGGUGUUGGAGAUUAUCGUUAAGCUUCUGCCUGACGUUCCUAUUGGCCAAUCGCUAUGAUUAGCAGCGGCACUAGACAAUGGGUAUGUGCAGGACGUAGGAAGGAGUGCGCUAGCUUCCGCACUAUUGCAAAGUGAUGUAACUUUGCCUCUCAGAACCCUUGGAGGUUCAGCCAUGAUGGGAAGGUUUACAAGUCCUACAGAAAGUGUGUGCAGUUCAUACCUGCAGAAGUUUGUCCUUUUUCCUCUAAGUGACAGUCCCUUUAAAACUUAGAUUCUUAUUGGGGACUCGGUGUUGGUUAAUACAGAUUCACUUUACUUCAAUAAAAAAAGUCAUAAAAACUG